UCCAUUCCAACAAACACCAUGCAUUGCCACUGCCUCCGAAAAACAAUAUAAAUACCCCUCACUCUCCCCCUUUCCUUCAACAUUCAAACCAAAAUCUUUUCCCUAUACGCACACAAUUACAAAGUAAUUUUAUUUAGCUAAAAAUGGAGAAUGGUACGAAAAGAGAGGGCUUAGGAAAACUAAAUGUUUCCUCUUCACUACAAGUUGAACAGCCUUUACCAAAAUCCAAAUUAUGGAAAAUAAUAAUGGUCGCUUCUAUAGCUGCUGGUGUUCAAUUUGGUUGGGCUCUUCAACUCUCUUUACUUACACCUUAUGUUCAAUUACUUGGAAUUCCACAUAAAUAUGCCUCUUUUAUUUGGCUAUGCGGUCCUAUUUCUGGUAUGAUUGUUCAACCAGUUGUCGGUUAUUAUAGUGACAAUUGCUCCUCCCGUUUUGGGCGUCGCCGGCCGUUUAUUGCCGCCGGUGCUGCACUUGUUACUAUUGCUGUUUUUCUUAUUGGUUUUGCUGCUGACCUUGGACAUGCCUCCGGUGACCCGCUUGAAAAAGGAUCUAAGCCUCGUGCUAUUGCUGUUUUUGUUGUUGGCUUUUGGAUCCUCGACGUUGCCAACAAUAUGUUACAGGGCCCAUGCAGAGCACUUCUGGCAGAUCUGUCCGGCGGAAAAUCGGGGAGAAUGAGGACAGCAAAUGCAUUUUUCUCAUUCUUCAUGGCCGUCGGUAACAUUCUUGGCUACGCUGCCGGUUCCUAUUCUAAGCUUUACAAAGUUUUCCCUUUCUCAAAAACCCAAGCAUGCGACAUCUACUGUGCAAAUCUCAAAAGCUGUUUCUUCAUCGCCAUCUUCCUUUUGCUCAGCUUAACAACCUUAGCCUUGAGUUUCGUCCGCGAAAGCGAACUUCCAGAGAAAGAAGAACAAGAAAUUGACGAGAAAUUGGCUGGUGCUGGAAAAUCGAAAGUGCCGUUUUUCGGCGAGAUUUUUGGGGCGUUGAAGGAUUUGCCACGACCCAUGUGGAUUUUGUUACUGGUGACUUGUUUGAACUGGAUUGCGUGGUUUCCGUUUUUCUUGUACGAUACAGACUGGAUGGCUAAGGAAGUUUAUGGUGGAAAAGUAGGUGAUGGGAGGUUGUAUGAUUUGGGUGUACGUGCUGGAGCAUUGGGAUUGUUGUUGCAAUCUGUGGUGUUAGGGUUUAUGUCACUUGGGGUAGAGUUUUUGGGGAAGAAGAUUGGCGGUGCCAAGAGGUUAUGGGGGAUUUUGAACUUUGUUUUGGCUACUUGCUUGGCCAUGACGAUUGUGGUUACUAAAAUGGCAGAGAAAUCGCGCCAGCACCAUGCCGGUACCGGCUUACUUAUGGCUCCCACGCCUGGUGUUAAGAUCGGUGCCUUGACUCUCUUUGCUCUCCUUGGUAUUCCUCUUGCGGUCACUUUUAGUAUUCCAUUUGCUUUGGCAUCCAUAUUUUCUAGUAAUGCUGGUUCAGGACAAGGUUUGUCACUAGGAGUUCUGAAUCUUGCAAUUGUUGUACCACAGAUGUUGGUGUCAAUUGUGGGAGGGCCAUGGGAUGCUUUGUUUGGAGGAGGAAACUUGCCGGGAUUUGUGGUUGGUGCAGUUGCAGCUGCAGCAAGUGGCGUUUUAGCACUCACAUUGUUGCCAUCUCCUCCUGCUGAUGCCAAGCCAGCGGUCGCCAUGGGCGGUUUCCAUUGAAUAAUAACUAAACAAGAAGAAGAAACAGCUUUUUUUUUUUUCUUUUUAAUUAGCACUUCUCUUUUGUAACUUUUAUUUUUAUUUUUUAGCCUUUUUUAUUGAUCUUUCCAGAAAACAAACAUAACAUGGAGGAGGCUAUCUUUACAAGUGGCAUGUCCAUGUGUAUCUCUUUUCUUUUCAUAAAGCUCUCUAGAGGAAGAAUUGGAGGAUCUGUCAUGGGGCCUUUCAUUUCUUCCGAACAAAUGGGGUGUGUGAAGUUGUUUUCACUUUGUGUGUAACAAGAAGUUGUCCAGUAUAACAUGUCUGGGCAAAUGCUUUGUACCUUACUCUUUUUUUUUUUUUUUUGCUUCUUUUUUGUAAUUUUCUUCUUGGAAGGUAGUAAAAAAGUGGUUGGGUGGAGGUGGGGUACUAGGGGGUUGGUGAAGGGAGACUUAAGAAAACUUGUACUUAAAGUGGAAUUAAAAUUGAUCUAUCAUGUC